AUGGCGCCAACCAGCACUUUGAGAAAACCCCAGAGACUCGGGUUUCUCGAAGCCAUGGAAAUGUCCCGCCUCCCUAGCGACGACAGCUCCCCCGCCACGCAGCGCUUCAUGAGCCAUCGGCCCGCCUGGCAGCCCGGCGCCGAGCUCCCGUGGGACAGACCUGACGUCUCGGAAGAAGCCGCGAGUUUUCGCAACUUCAAGGCCUAUGGGGGCCAUGUGUAUAUUCAGGCACCGCUGGCUGCUGCUCGCAUCGUGGAGGCAAAGGAGGAGGAGGAGGCGAACAGAACGUCUCGUGAGUAUAACAGAGGCAAGUUUGGGAUUCAUUCAAUACAAGGCGUGUUCACGUACGGAGGAUACACAGACCGGCCCUUCAUCUACUCCGUAUCCAAACUCUCAUCGGGCCGCUCCUUUCAGACAUGCCUCGUCACAGUCCGCCAACCCACACAAACCUCAGCAACCCCCAGAGGCCCGUUUCCCCUCUCCGACGCGAACCUCCCUCUCGGCCCCAUCUGCUUCAGCUGCCACGUCACGUUCAAGCGUCCUGCGCCCAACUUUGCAGACGAGCAAUUGACCUCUGCGCAAGAGCGUUUCGCGCACAUCCUUUCGCGGAGGAGACCUGACGAAUGGGAGGCGAGUCCCCAGCUUGACAUGGAUAUCCUCAAUGAUCUGUUUCCGAAUGAGGGACAUGGAGGCUUCCCCAUCGUAGACAUGUACAAGGUGGACAUGUCUUCUUGGAACGCCGAUAAACCGAUUUCGGAACGCCGUGAACUGCUGCUGUAUAGAUUACACAAGCCCGUUCCCGCGGAAGACGCAAACGCGCAUGUCCUCUGUCACGCAUUCGAAGCGGAUCGGAACGGGCUCCUCACGAUCGGGAACCACCUCGGCUGGGGCUACAACCUGGCGGUUGCGGCGAGCCUGAGCUACACGUUCCUUGUGCACGUCAACGCGGAAGAGGCCGUGAUGAAGGAUGGAUGGUGGAUCCAGGAGGUGUGCUGGCCGCGGGUGAGUGCCGGUCGAGCCGUGUUGGAGAGCCGGAUAUGGAGCCCAGAGGGGAGGCACGUCGCGAGCGGGUAUCAGGAUGGGCUUACGGCGCCUCGAGAGGGAAAGCGGGCAACAGAGAAGCUAUAG